GGGGCUGCACGGCCGCCAGUUGGCUCGGCCCGGGCGUGGGGCAUCGGGCGGCAGAAGCAGCCUACUAAAGCAAAUCCACCUGUUCGACUCUCAAGGUGAGGAUCAUGGGAGAACAACUGUUAGAGAACAGCAUCCUUGAUCGAUUUAUUAAUAGCUAUGAGCAGUCACAUGAAGAGUUUCUAAAUACAUUCACCUGUCUUUUGAAAGAGAAAGAGGAGAAGACAAUUCAAGGAAAUAAAGUGGACUACUUAAGAAAAAUAUUUUCUACUUCUGAAUUAUCAAACAGAAAUAAACAGAAUGGCUCACCUGAAAGAAGCAAAGAAAUGUGGGUAUCUCUUCCAUCACAGAUGCCAAAUGAGAAUAAGGUAUUUCUGCCUAUCUACCUGCAGACAAUGAUGAAUGAGAGAUGGAAAGCUGGUAGAUCAGAGGGAAAGAAUCUCAGUCUGUCUGAAAGAGUGAAGCAAGUGGACAAGUACUUAGAUUGGGAAGAUAUAGACUCAGAUGAAGAGACAUGCAGUGUUCUUCCAGGAGAGGUGGAACAGACAGUGACUUAUUGUACACCCGUUUUUGAUAAGCCUAUUCAACUGAAGUUCAGAAACUUGUCAGUUCCACAGCCACUGGACAGCAAACCCCAAGAGCUACUGGGGGAUGAUGUUCAACCAUUCUCACUUGAUGAAGAAUUUGACUAUGACAAUGUGGCAGUCACCCCUAAGUUCUCUGAAGCUGAGCUGAAGACCAUUAAAGAAUUGUCUAAAGAGAAGAAAACGGAUUCAGCAUGAGCUGAAGACUGAGUCAAAGGCGUUCUGUGCAGGCUGUUGAAGUGACAUUUUUAUGGGAUAAAUAUAGCUCUUCAUUGUACCCCUAUUUAACAUUCUUACCUCCGUGGUCGGUAAAUGACAUCCCUGAGAUUUUUUGUUUAUUUUACCAGCAUGCCUUGGAGUCUGUAUUGGCUCAGGAUAGGUAUGCUGGAGUGACCAAAACAAGAUGGUGGAUUUCAGACUAGCACGAUGGCUACUGUUGCUUAUAUCUGUACUGACUUGGUUCCUGACUAGUGCAAAGCUGCUCCUAAAGCUGCCUUUUACCUAAUUCUUUCAGUAAUGCAAUUAAGAGCUCUUUUGCAGCUGACAAAUCAGUCCUUGAGCUCUUUCUCUUAAAUAUACAGAAUUACAGGAGUGAAUAAAUCUGGGAAAUUUUUUUUUCCUCUGUAAAGAAAUAGAUAUUCCUGUUUCCAAUAAACUUUUUGUGUCGAUCAA